AUGGUGCAGACCCACCGAGGUCACAUGGUGCAGACCCACCGAGCUCCUCUGCAGCUGCUGCCGCUGUUCAGUCCGGGCCAACUUUCUCCGGAUCGCCGUCGCUUCCUGUGGUUAUUUUGGGAUCUUCCUACCACAGUCCUCCCACAGUCCUCCCACAGUCCUCCCACAGUCCUCCCACAGUCCUCCCACAGUCCUCCCACAGUCCUCCCACAGUCCUCCCACAGUCCUCCCACUGUCCUCCCACAGUCCUCCCACAGUCCUCCCACUGUCCUCCCACAGUCCUCCCACUGUCCUCCCACAGUCCUCCCACAGUCCUCCCACAGUCCUCCCACUGUCCUCCCACAGUCCUCCCACUGUCCUCCCACAGUCCUCCCACAGUCCUCCCACAGUCCUCCCACAGUCCUCCCACUGUCCUCCCACAGUCCUCCCACAGUCCCUCCCACAGUCCUCCCACAGUCCUCCCACAGUCCUCCCACUGUCCUCCCACAGUCCUCCCACAGUCCUCCCACGUCCUCCCACAGUCCUCCCACAGUCCCUCCCACAGUCCCUCCCACAGUCCUCCCACAGUCCUCCCACAGUCCUCCCACAGUCCUCCCACAGUCCUCCCACAGUCCUCCCACUGUCCUCCCACAGUCCUCCCACAGUCCUCCCACAGUCCUCCCACAGUCCUCCCACAGUCCUCCCACAGUCCUCCCACAGUCCUCCCACAGUCCUCCCACUGUCCUCCCACAGUCCUCCCACAGUCCUCCCACGUCCUCCCACAGUCCUCCCACGUCCCCACAGUCCUCCCAGUCCUCCCACAGUCCCGUCCCACAGUCCUCCCACGUCCUCCACAGUCCUCCCACUGUCCUCCCACAGUCCUCCCACUGUCCUCCCCACAGUCCUACCACAGUCCUCCACAGUCCUCCCACAGUCCUCCCACAGUCCUCCCACUGUCCUCCCUCACGUCCUCCACAGUCCUCCCACAGUCCUCCCACAGUCCUCCCACAGUCCUCCCACAGUCCUCCCACAGUCCUCCCACUGUCCUCCCACAGUCCUCCCCACUGUCCUCCCACAGUCCUCCCACUGUCCUCCACAGUCCUCCCACAGUCCUCCCACAGUCCUCCCACGUCCUCCCACAGUCCUCCCACAGUCCUCCCACAGUCCUCCCACAGUCCUCCCACAGUCCUCCCACAGUCCUCCCACAGUCCUCCCACAGUCCUCCCACAGUCCUCCCACAGUCCUCCCACAGUCCUCCCACAGUCCUCCCACAGUCCUCCCACAGUCCCCCCACAGUCCUCCCACAGUCCUCCCACAGUCCUCCCACAGUCUCCCACGUCCUCCCACAGUCCUCCCACUGUCCUCCCACUGUCCUCCCACAGUCCUCCCACUGUCCUCCCACAGUCCUACCACAGUCCUCCCACAGUCCUCCCACAGUCCUCCCACAGUCCUCCCACAGUCCUCCCACAGUCCUCCCACAGUCCUCCCACUGUCCUCCCACUGUCCUCCCACUGUCCACGUCCCACUGUCCUCCCACUGUCCUCCCACAGUCCUCCCACAGUCCUCCCACUGUCCUCCCACUGUCCUCCCACAGUCCUCCCACUGUCCUCCCACUGUCCUCCCAGUCCUCCCAGUCCUCCCAGUCCUCCCACUGUCCCCCACAGUCCUCCCACUGUCCUCCCACUGUCCUCCCACAGUCCUCCCACUGUCCUCCCACUGUCCUCCCACAGUCCUCCCACAGUCCUCCCACAGUCCUCCCACUGUCCUCCCACAGUCCUCCCACUGUCCUCCCACAGUCCUCCCACAGUCCUCCCACUGUCCUCCCACAGUCCUCCCACUGUCCUCCCACAGUCCUCCCACAGUCCUCCCACUGUCCUCCCACAGUCCUCCCACUGUCCUCCCACAGUCCUCCCACAGUCCUCCCACAGUCCUCCCACAGUCCUCCCACUGCCCUCCCACAGUCCUCCCACAGUCCUCCCACUGUCCUCCCACAGUCCUCCCACUGUCCUCCCACUGCCCUCCCACAGUCCUCCCACAGUCCUCCCACUGUCCUCCCACAGUCCUCCCACAGUCCUCCCACAGUCCUCCCACUGUCCUCCCACUACAUCUUCAUCAUCAUCACCUCCACACCUGAUUUACCUGCCCACCCUCCCCCACACUCACACCCUCACCCUCCCCCACACCCUCCCCCUCACUCACACCCUCCCCGCUCCAGAGACCACAUCAUCCCUGUCCUCAACCAACUCCACUGGCUCAAUACAAGGAGCUCCUUCUCACCUCCUAACCUGCUCCUCCAUCAUCAAUGACCUCCUUCAUCAUCCCCCACCCCACAGACCCUCAGACCUCCUCACUCCCUCAGACCUCCUCACUCCCUCAGACCUCCUCACUCCCUCAGACCUCCUCACUCCCUCAGACCUCCUCACUCCCUCAGACCUCCUCACUCUCUCAGACCUCCUCACUCCCUCAGACCUCCUCACUCCCCUCAGACUUCCUCACUCCCUCAGACCUCCUCACUCCCCCAGACCUCCUCACUCCCUCAGACCUCCUCACUCCCUCAGACUCCUCCUCCCUCAGACCUCCUCACUCCCUCAGACCUCCUCACUCCCUCAGACCUCCUCACUCCCUCAGACCUCCUCACUCCCUCAGACCUCCUCACUCCCUCAGACCUCCUCACUCCCUCAGACCUCCUCCUCAGACCUCCUCACUCCCUCAGACCUCCUCACUCCCUCAGACCUCCUCACUCCCUCAGACCUCCUCACUCCCUCAGACCUCCUCACUCCCUCAGACCUCCUCACUCCCUCAGACCUCCUCACUCCCUCAGACCUCCUCACUCCCUCAGACCUCCUCACUCCCUCAGACCUCCUCACUCCCUCAGACCUCCUCACUCCCUCAGACCUCCUCACUCCCUCAGACCUCCUCACUCCCUCCAGACCUCCUCACUCCCUCAGACCUCCUCACUCCCUCAGACCUCCUCACUCCCUCAGACCUCCUCACUCCCUCAGACUCCUCACCCCUCAGACUCUCCCUCAGACCUCCUCACUCCCUCAGACCUCCUCCUCCUCCUCAACUCCUCACUCCCUCAGACCUCCUCACUCCCUCAGACCUCCUCACUCCCUCAGACCUCCUCACUCCCUCAGACCUCCUCACUCCCUCAGACCUCCUCACUCCCUCAGACCUCCUCACUCCCUCAGACCUCCUCACUCCCUCAGACCUCCUCACUCCCCUCAGACCUCCUCACUCCCUCAGACCUCCUCACUCCCUCAGACCUCCUCACUCCCUCAGACCUCCUCACUCCCUCAGACCUCCUCACUCCCUCAGACCUCCUCACUCCCCUCAGACCUCCUCACUCCCUCAGACCUCCUCACUCCCCUCAGACCUCCUCACUCCCCUCAGACCUCCUCACUCCCUCAGACCUCCUCACUCCCUCAGACCUCCUCACUCCCUCAGACCUCCUCACUCCCUCAGACCUCCUCACUCCCUCAGACCUCCUCAGACCUCCCAUCCCUCAGACCUCCUCACUCCCUCAGACCUCCUCACUCCCUCAGACCUCCUCACUCCCCUCAGACCUCCUCACUCCCCCUCAGACCUCCUCACUCCCUCAGACCUCCUCACUCCCUCAGACCUCCUCACUCCCUCAGACCUCCUCACUCCCUCAGACCUCCUCACUCCCUCAGACCUCCUCACUCCCCUCAGACCUCCUCACUCCCUCAGACCUCCUCACUCCCCUUAGACCUCCUCACUCCCUCAGACCUCCUCACUCCCUCAGACCUCCUCACUCCCUCAGACCUCCUCACCCCCCUCAGACCUCCUCACUCCCUCACACCUCCUCACUCCCUCAGACCUCCUCACUCCCUCAGACCUCCUCACUCCCUCAGACCUCCUCACUCCCUCAGACCUCCUCACUCCCUCAGACCUCCUCACUCCCUCAGACCUCCUCACUCCCUCAGACCUCCUCACUCCCUCAGACCUCCUCACUCCCUCAGACCUCCUCCUCCCCCAGACCUCCUCACUCCCUCAGACCUCCUCACUCCCUCAGACCUCCUCACUCCCUCAGACCUCCUCACUCCCUCAGACCUCCUCACUCCCUCAGACCUCCUCACUCCCUCAGACCUCCUCACUCCCCAGACCUCUCACUCCCUCCCUCAGACCUCCUCACUCCCUCAGACCUCCUCACUCCCCUCAGACCUCCUCACUCCCCUCAGACCUCCUCACUCCCUCAGACCUCCUCACUCCCUCAGACCUCCUCACUCCCCCAGACCUCCUCACUCUCUCAGACCUCCUCACUCCCUCAGACCUCCUCACUCCCCCAGACCUCCUCACUCCCUCAGACCUCCUCACUCCUCAGACCUCCUCACUCUCAGACCCACAGACUCAGACCUCCUCACUCCCUCAGACCUCCUCACUCCCUCAGACCUCCUCACUCCCCCAGACCUCCUCACUCUCUCAGACCUCCUCACUCCCUCAGACCUCCUCACUCUCUCAGACCUCCUCACUCCCUCAGACCUCCUCACUCCCCUCAGACCUCCUCACUACUCCCUCAGACCUCCUCACUCUCUCAGACCUCCUCACUCCCUCAGACCUCCUCACUCCCUCAGACCUCCUCACUCCCUCAGACCUCCUCACUCCCUCAGACCUCCUCACUCCCCUCAGACUUCCUCACUCCCUCAGACCUCCUCACUCCCUCAGACCUCCUCACUCCCUCAGACCUCCUCACUCCCUCAGACCUCCUCACUCCCCUUAGACCUCCUCACUCCCUCAGACCUCCUCACUCCCCUUAGACCUCCUCACUCCCUCAGACCUCCUCACUCCCUCAGACCUCCUCACUCCCUCAGACCUCCUCACUCCCUCAGACCCACAGACUCAGACCUCCUCACUCCCUCAGACCUCCUCACUCCCCUUAGACCUCCUCACUCCCUCAGACCUCCUCACUCCCUCAGACCUCCUCACUCUCUCAGACCUCCUCACUCCCCUUAG